CGUCCAUGAAAAGCGAGCGGAUGAGGAUGGCGACUUGGUGCUCCUCCUGCAGUUGCAGCUUCUCCAUCAUAAAACGCACCUACUCUGAAUAUGCGGCUCCCGUGCUUCCACUCCUCCCCGACAACUCUCGCCAAUUCUCCAGAAGAUCAUCCACCGCGCUUCUCAUUUCUGCCCUCCCUUUCCCCUUCCCAUGCCUCUCUCCUCCUCCUGUCCUCGCCCGUGACAGACGUUUCAACUCCACCAUCCCCAUUCAAGACUAUCUGACUUCCCCUGAUGGAUUGAAAUACUAUGAUUUGAUUGCGGGAAAGGGUCCAAUAGCUGAGAAAGGAUCAACUGUUCGGGUACACUUUGACUGCAUUUAUCGUGGAAUUACAGCUGUAUCGAGCAGAGAAUCUAAACUUCUAGCUGGGAAUCGUAUUAUAGCUCAGCCUUACGAGUUUGCGGUGGGAUCUCCGCCCGGAAAGGAACGGAAACGCGAGUUUGUAGACAACCCAAAUGGUCUAUUCUCGGCACAAGCAGCACCGAAGCCUCCACCUGCUUUGUAUUCCGUCACGGAAGGGAUGCGAACGGGCGGAAAGCGAACUGUGAUUGUUACUCCGGACAAGGGAUACGGCCAAAAGGGAAUGAAUGAGAUUCCGCCCGGAGCUACGUUUCAACUCAAUAUUGAACUUUUGCAAGUAGUGCCGACUGAAAAGUGAUAUCGAUUUGAUUCCCCGAAAUAACUUUGAUAGACAUCUUGAUUAGUCUCUGCCCUUGUGAUGCACCGACGCUUUUGCCCCCUCCUUCUCGUGGGAAGUUGAUCGGAGAGAGUGUCUGAAAACAUGAGCCUCCAUUCUCUGGGGAUCACGAUUGUAAUUGUGAUUGCUAUUGUUGUUUGACAUUUGUCCUUAGGCCCAUGCAUCUGUCAGAGAACUGCGGGCCAUCAUGCUUUGUUACUUUUGUGAUUGUUACGGGAUCAUCUUGGUUUCGGAAAUAUGUGCAACAAGCCAACAGCUAUUUGUUGCUGUACGUUUUGUUUCAA